AUGGUUGCAACCAAGAUCUGCUUGCUUCUCUGUGCCACUGGAGCGCAGUAUUAUGCAACAAGACGACCAAAUGCCAGACCUACUGCAAAGGAGAUUCUGAAGCCCGCUGGUUUCGAAGUUAUCACCGCCACCCCUUGGAUACCUCUUGUAAUGAAGAGCCUUGCCGGUGUGUGCGUUUUGUCAGAUAUCUUUCUUGCAUACGCAGCGGGAAAGGAAUCCAAUACCAUCUUAAAAUCAAUCACUACCCUCCUAAUCCGCAGUGAUUCAUGUUCUCUCUCGGCCUUGGACCAUUCCAUGUCAUCGCCCGCACUUAUCGCCGGGUCUUGCCUGAGCAUCAUCGGCAGUGCCAUUCGUAUCUACUGCUACUCGACUCUAGGCAGGUUCUUCACUUUCGAACUCAGCAUCCGCCCGGACCAUAAGCUGGUCACGUCUGGCCCUUAUUCCAUCGUUCGACACCCCAGUUACUCCGGCGCAUUAUGUGUUGUUUUGGGCAUCUUGCUCUGUCAUUUCCACACUCGGUCAUGGCUGGUUUCUUGUUCGGGCAUGUUUCCUUCAUCAGGCCAGUGGGUCAAGUUGAUUUUGGGAUGCAUUUGGACGGCUGCGCUUGGUCUUGUUUUUUCUGGGUUUGGGCGACGUAUCGAGAAGGAGGAGGCGAUGAUGCAGGGAAACUUUGGAGACCAGUGGAAAGACUACGUGAAAAGGGUGCCUUACAAACUAGUUCCGUGGUUGUACUAG